GAGAGAGGGACCGAGAUCCACUUUCGCUCGUCGAAACAUUGCUCGCGCGUUCUUGCACCAUCUUCCACCGAAAGAUGUACUUUUUCUUCCUCUUUCCCCGAUCGCGUUCCAACGUCAACGUUUUCUGUGAAAUCGUCGAUAAUCUCAGCUGAGAAUUUCCUACGAGCUUCCUGCGAUCCAACAAAGGACGACGAUACAAAUGACGAGUGCACGGAGUAUGACGUCAAAUGCAAUUAGGGGUAUCCGAAGGAAAAAGAGUUCGCUGUGCGAAGUAAAGGUGGCCGUUAUCGGAGCGCCCGGAGUUGGAAAAAGUGGUCGAACGCGUUUUUAAACGACUCCUCGAACAUCGUUCGUUCGUUCGUUCGGACUUUAUCGGUAAACUCUUUUUUCCGCAAAGACGAUCGUUUACGACGCUCGUUUGCGAAUUUGGCGCGCCGCGAAAGACCUUGGACUAAUAGCGGAAAAGAGCAGGCGGGACCUACGAGUUUUCGCGUUUGACGAAAUUAAUUAACAGUUUGUCUAAUGGACGAGUAACGCAAAGACGAAGAAAACCCUAAAAAUAUUCUUCGAGCAUUGAUCGUAAAGAUACGAGAUAUAUCCUUGGUUCGAACUCGAAACUCGAUCGCAGUUUUCUCGAAGAGAGAUCGAAACGAGGAUGGGCAGAUUCAAGUGCAAGUGCGAUGGAAACCCUUGCGACGUUAGCUAGAGCGAGAAACAAGCCGUGAUAGCUCGGAGGACCCUGAGAGCAGCCAACCCGGGUGUAUUUUUGGUAAUGGCACGUGCUAAAGACAGCAGGAUUUGACGACCGUCCAAUAUCGCUGUUACCGAAAAGAAAGCUGGGUGCCAAAUGAGAAACACAAAUGUUAAGACGGAAAUGACCAGAUCGCCGCUGACGGUGAGGUUCCUAACGAGGCGGUAUAUCGGAGAAUACGAUCACCAAUCUGAAAAUAGAUACAAGCACGAAGUGCUGGUGGAUGGAGAACCAAUUCUUUUUGAGAUCUUGGACUCUUGUCCGAAGAGCGACGACGAAAUGCCGUCGAUGGAAACAUUGCAGUGGGCGGACGGCCUCCUCCUCGUUUAUUCGAUAACAGAUCGAACUUCUUUCAAUUUCGUGAGAAAAGCGAAAGAAGCUUUGGCGGUAGCUGAUCCGGAGGCUGCGAUGCCUCUUGCCAUGGUUGGAAACAAAGCCGACAUGGUUCAUCUAAGACAGGUCAGCGCGGAAGAAGGGGAGAUCUUGGCUAAAGACUUUGAAUGUUGGUUCAGCGAAAUUAGCGCGGCAGAACAGGUCGUCCAAGUAGCCGAAUCGUUUCACGAAUUGUGUCGCGAGGUUCUCGCUGCCAGACGAAGAAACAAGCAAUCCUUGCUCGACAGAAUGCUCGGUAGCAAGGCAACAAGGACAUAUUCCAGGGAAUCGAGCGACCGAGAGAGAGAGAGAGAGAGAGAGAGAGAGAGAGAGAGAGAGAGAGAGACAGAGAGAGAUUCCCAGAAACGAAAGAAGACUCGUUGCGUACGAGUCGAUAAGAAAUCAGGCGCCAAAGAUUGUAUCAUACUGUUAAUAUUUUUUAUCCAAUACCAUGUACUACGUAGAACUCCAUCGUGCACAAGUUUUAAUAACAUACGCUUAUAAAGAGAGUUAUCUUUUUCCAAUGGAUGAAAAACUUUGUGAUUCGUUUGAACGCUUUGAGGGCCAAACAUUUCACUAAAAAUUUAGUAGCAGUAGUCGAAAUCGCAGUUCUCGCCGAGUUCUUCGUUCUGCAAUGCGUUUUUUCUUCGUUUUCUUUCUUAAGACAAAAAGUUGCAUACUUCUCCAUGGCUCAUUAUUUUACCGAACGUUGAGCAGUAGCCUCCGUGGAAAACAUCGCUUUCCUAAAGUGCGUUGUCAACGAAUUAUUGGUACACGAUUAAAGCAGAAAUAGGGAUAAAAUCGAUGAAAACAGGCUGCCAGUCUGUAAGCGCUAUCGAGAAACAAUGCCUAUCGAAGUGUUAAUAAAUUCACGACUUUAGAAAUCAUCGAUCGAAUUACUCGUUCAUAAUUACGAUUCGAUGCAAGGCUGAUAUUAAGCACGGACGUAUACAAUAAAUUUUGGCAAGAGUCAAAGCUAUAACGAUCGAUUUAUAGGUAUUUAUUUUGUACUUACAAUAAGAAAAUGUGAAAUAAAUAUUUUACUUAUUUAUUAUAGUAUCGAAGCGAUAUGUAACUCUGUAUCCAGUUAGAUUUAAGACUCCAAUCAUACUUUUCAUACGUCACUUGCGCGCGUAAACACUCAACGCACAAACAUACACGCACACGCUCACGCACACGCACACGCACGCGCGCGCGCACACCCAUCGCUCAAAAUCGUAUAUAUAAUAUUUACAGAUAAUACGAAUUAUUUAUUUAGCGUCGUCGUAAGUCUCUAAAACGUCCGCUAAAUGUUCGUUGUCUCUUGGCUUUUUAAAUUGUUUCCUCUUAGUAUUGGGCUUCUUUCUUUUAACGGGUGCCAACUUCUUCGGGCCAUGAUCUUGCAUCGAUCUGAUUCCUUGUUUUUCCAGAUACUCGUCUAUUUUCUGGUCGUCCAUUGCAUCUACCGCCACGGCUCUCCAUAAUUUUUGAAAUUCCUCGUCGAUAGGGAAAUGAGCCGUUUUAUCGUUGUAAAAGACAAUUUUUUUUUUGUCAAGAGGCCGCGUUAUAAGUAAUAUUUCGUUUUGUAAGCUCUGCAAAGACAAAUUUAUUACUUAAAUUAAUGAUUUAAAACAUCAAAGCAUAAAACAUUUAACAACGAUUGUACCUUUAAAUGCUUGUCGCAAUGGGGUAAACUUUCUUGUAUAUCUUCUAAUAAAAUCCCUCCUAGUCCCUUUA